CUUAAGCUGACACUUGACUCCUUGUCUAUAUCUAGCUUGGCACAGAGUGGCAUACAUACUCUGACAACCUUCGAGUGAGGAGUUCCUAGCACUGUUGAACUUAAAGAUGACUCUUCAGGACAAUAAGGAUCUUAUUUCCAAGGGAAUCAAGGAAUUCAAUAGUCUGCUGGAACAGCAGGUAUUUCCUGAUCCUCCAAUCCCUGAAGAAGCCAUGGCGACCAUAGUGGAUGACUGGGUCAACUUAUACGUUAACUAUUACAAGCUGCAAAUGACCGGGGAGCAGGAGCAACAGGACAAGGCUCUACAGGAACUUCGGCAAGAGCUGGUUAUUCUGUCUGCCCCUUUUCUGGAAAAAUAUAAGGCCUUCCUGAAAUCCUCAUGAGCACCCAAGUCACUCAGUGCUUAUCGUCUUGCCCUUUUUUGAAGGCCUGUUUUGAACCCUUUUUUUUUCAUGUCUCAGACUCUGCACCUACAAGGUGUGAUUCUACCAUGACACUUCAAUAAAGAU